AUGGCCGCCUCGGGAAUCCGGAGAAUGAAGGAGGCCGGCGGCUUCGCGAAUCUACUCCUCUCCACUCCCCACCCCCCAUCAAGUUGUGCCCUUUCCCAAAAUGGAAACCUGGUACAGCUGCGAAUUUCUGACUUCACCCACCUCAUCUGUGAAAAGAAGACCCUAGUCAUCAAAGGACCUACUCUCAGGCUUCUGGGACUGGACCCCAGCCCAGACCUCUAUCCACUCGGUUCCACUGCCCAUGCCCCCAACAAAGACCACGGGCUUUCUCCACGCCAGCACAGACCACACCUGGACGCUUGGGGAAGCUUGUCUGGUGAGGGAAGGAAGCCACGUUCCACCACAUCCUCAGUGGACCACGGCUUGGAAAGGGGUGGAGCUGAGCCCCUGUACAUGAGUGCAGAAGCUCCCCGUGAGAGGCGAGAGGAUGGAGGAGCAGAGGGGGAGGAGAAACGACCGGAGCAGGGCACACAGAAUGCAGCCUACCCAAGCUUCUGGGCACCUGGCCUGAUGCUGGGCAAGCUGCCUAGAAGUUCUCAAGGAAGUCCAGAAGCCACUGACUGGGGUGUCCACCUGACCCCUGCAGUUACCCUCAGGUUGUCCAGUGGUCCCUAUGAUUCCACAAUGUCUCAGUCCCCCUGCACCCCACCGCGCGGCUAUAGCUCCUCCAGGGUUGAGAGGAAGCCUGCUUGGCAUCCCCCAGGCUCACCCGUGCUGAGGGAUCAGGCCAUCAGGCUAGCGAUACCCCAGGGGCUUCCCAAGGCUAGGGCUGGCCUGACGCCCCUGGUCUCCCAGGACUUUGGCCUCUCAUGCUCCGGCACACCCAAGAAGCAGGAGUUGGGUCCCCAUCUUACAGACAAGGACCCUGAACGGUGCCCGAGGUCCCCCAGUCGUGGGGAGCAGAACGCGAACCCGUUGGCUCUCUUGCAGCGCUUUGAGACUUCGACUGAAGCUGCCCUCGACCAAACAGGCUGGUGGGGUGCUCUGGAUUCACCUCGCACUACCCCUGUGGGCGGCUCGAGGGCCACCCGGGAAACCCCGCCCGCUCCAGGGCCCCGGGUGAGCGAAGCCUCUCAGGUUGCCUCCAAGAAGUCUGGGGGAUGCUGUUGGCCACAGGUGCCCCAUGAUGACUGCCUCAUAGAGACCCUCAGAACCCCAGAUGCCAGUUGCCUGAGGAGGAGGGCUUUGCCUUCUUGGCCCAGACUGGAAAAGGAAGACAGCAGAAGGCUGGACAUGUCUGAGGCACUUUCCUGCCCCAGCAAUGAGACCUCUGCCCCAGGCAGCAGGCUAGGGACCCUGUACUGGGCCUGUGUUCAUAAUGACCCCACCCAGCUCCAAGCCAUACUGGAAGGAGGGGUCUCUCCAGAGGAGGCCAGCCAGGUGGACCGCAAUGGGAGGACAGGCCUCAUGGUCGCAUGCUACCACGGCUUUGGGAGUAUUGUGGCCCUGCUCAGCCGCUGUUCUUUCCUCGAUGUGAACCAGCAGGACAAAGAAGGGAACACGGCACUCAUGUUGGCUGCCCAAGCAGGCCACAUGCCUCUGGUGAGUCUUCUGCUCAACUACUAUGCCGGCCUAGACCUGGAGCGCCGGGACCAGCGGGGGCUCACAGCGUUAAUAAAGGCUGCCAUGCGGGACCGCUCCGAAUGUGCUGACCUGACAGCAGUGGAUCCUGUUAGGGGCAAGACGGCCCUGGAGUGGGCAGUGCUCACUGACAGCUUUGACACAGUGUGGAGGAUCCGGCAGCUGCAGCGGCGGCCCAGAGUGGAACAGCUCAGCCAGCACUACCAGCCUGAGUGGCCAGCCUUAGCAGGGCUGGUGGCCCAGGCCCAGGCCCAGGCCCCGGCCCAGGCUGCUCCAUCCCUCCUAGAGAGGCUGCAGGCCACCUUGAGUCUCCCUUUUGUCCAGUCUCCUCAGGAGGGAGGCGUUCUAGACCAUCUAGUGACCCUCACGACCAGCCUGGCCAGUCCCUUCCUCACCACUGCCUGCCACACUCUGUGCCCUGACCACCCACCUGCACUGGGCACCCGAAGCAAGUCCGUGCCAGAGUUGCUAGGUACUGCCCCGCCGCCUCCUCCAGCGCCCUGCCUUCCCUUGGAAGUCCUUAGUCCCCGAGGCUUUGUUCCCUACCAGAGUCCUCAGGGCAUCUUGAGUGUGUGCCCUCAGUGGUUACAGCCCAAGGACAGUACCAGCCCCAGGCCCCAAGUCCCCAAGAUCCUUCUCUCCAAGGCAUCCUCAACCUCCAGCCAGUGGAACCCGAACCCCAGUCCUGUGGGGCAUCCAUGUCUGGCCCUUCCUCUCUGGCGAUACCAGCAGCUCAGGAUGGAGAGAAGGAGGCAGGAGGAGGAGGGCUAG